AUGAGGCCAAUCAGAUACGAUAAGAGGCGGGACAAAGUGGAUGGAUGACUGGAGUUUCCCUUGCGGUCUGAAGAUUAAUGGAAGAGGUCUGUUGAUCUAAAGAAUCGACUAUCAGGUGGUCGGUCCCAGGAUUUUGUUGCACCUCACGACUGAUCAAGAAACGAAUGGAACCAUAUCAAUUUAAAUAUCCGAUUGCAGGAAAAACGAGUCAACCGGAUAUAAAUUCUCUCACCUAAAUAUCAACUGACAAGGCCUGAGACAGCACCUGGUUUAUUAAGGCCAGGACCCGAAAUGCUAACGUUAACUUGCUAGUUAAAAACAAAAAAGCAUCUUUCGACGAUUUGCAUCGGGACCGGACAUUGGAGAAAAUUACGUGGCUUCUGGAAUAAAGAAGAAACCGAGUGACACCCGCAGGAUUCGUCGGGGCUGUGUUGGAAAUUUGUUUGCUAACGUCAGUAAGCUGAUAUCCGCUGGCUAUCUCCCCGAGCUAACGCGCUAGCUUAGCUAACCUCAGCAGUUAGUUUUAGCUGCAGACUUGAAGACGCUCUCUCUCAACUGGACUUUUUCCGAACUCACAAUUCAACGAAAAACUGUUGGAGGAAAAUUUUACCACCUGGCUUUUCUAAUAAUGAUAGCUGUCAGCUAGUAGCCAGCUGUCAACUUCGUUGAGUCCUACGACUUCGUUAGCGGAGCACGUUAACUAGGCGACUUCCAAGAAAAAGUCAUUCGGAGCCAAGAGACCCCACCAUCAGGCUGCAAUCAUGGGCAACACGCCCACCGCGAAGAAAGGCAAUGAAAUGGAAAGUGUGAAGGAGUUUCUUGCCAAAGCCAAAGAAGAUUUCCUGAAAAAAUGGGAGAAUCCAGCUCAGCAAACUGCAGCGUUGGAUCACUUUGAGCGUUUGAAGACCUUAGGCACUGGCUCAUUUGGGCGCGUCAUGUUGGUUAAACACAAAGAGACAGGACAGCAUUUUGCUAUGAAGAUACUUGACAAACAAAAGGUAGUGAAACUGAAACAGAUAGAACACACACUGAACGAGAAACGUAUCCUGCAAGCCGUCAAUUUCCCCUUCCUGGUGCGACUGGAACACUCGUUUAAGGAUAACAGUAAUCUGUAUAUGGUGAUGGAGUAUGUGCCUGGGGGAGAAAUGUUCUCACAUUUAAGGAGGAUUGGUAGAUUUAGUGAACCACACGCCCGCUUCUACGCAGCCCAGAUUGUACUGACAUUUGAGUACCUUCACUCCCUGGAUCUCAUCUACCGAGAUCUGAAGCCAGAGAACCUUCUGAUUGAUCAGCAAGGCUACAUACAGGUAACAGAUUUCGGAUUUGCAAAAAGAGUGAAAGGCCGAACCUGGACGCUUUGUGGGACUCCAGAGUAUCUGGCGCCAGAGAUCAUCCUCAGUAAAGGUUACAAUAAGGCGGUGGACUGGUGGGCUCUGGGGGUUCUGAUAUAUGAGAUGGCUGCUGGCUAUCCUCCCUUCUUCGCGGACCAGCCCAUUCAGAUUUAUGAAAAGAUUGUAUCGGGGAAGGUUCGUUUCCCGUCCCACUUCAGCUCAGACCUGAAGGAUCUGUUGAGAAAUUUGCUGCAGGUGGACCUGACCAAACGCUUCGGCAACCUCAGGAAUGGAGUCAACGAUAUCAAGAGUCACAAGUGGUUUGCUACCACAGAUUGGAUUGCCAUCUACCAGAGAAAGGUGGAAGCUCCUUUUAUCCCAAAGUGCAAAGGUCCUGGUGAUACGAGCAACUUCGAUGAUUACGACGAAGAGGAAAUCCGAGUUUCCUUCACAGAGAAGUGUGCAAAGGAGUUUGCAGAGUUUUAGACUCCAACCACGAGUAGCAGAGUGAGGGACAGAGAUUUAGAACGUGUACGGGGAUCCAAAUACAGGAAACACUAGGUUGGACUGACAACUUGCUCAUUUGUAGUGAAGAAAACAAUGUAAAAUCAUCCUCUACCCCAGCUUCCCUACCCCCCCCCCCAAAUUGGUAAGACAGGCAAAGUGAAGAAAGCUCUACAGAACCAGCAGUGUUGCCUUUUCUAAUUGUCUCUUUGCUAUUCAUUUAUUUCUCCCUCCUGUGUUUGUGACUGGGCCUGGACAAGGACAAGCAUAGUUCAGCUACAAUUGUAUCUUUCUGGAGGCAUAAUGACACAUUCGCAGUCUUUUUAAAGGCGGAGGCACUGAUUUUUUUUUUUUUAUUUUAAUUUUUUUUUUUCUUCUGUGAUGGUACUGAGUUUGUUCGGCUCCUUUUUGAAUGGGCCCACUCUACAAGCUUUUAACAACUGUAGAGUGAUUGUUGUAUCCUGUCAGCCUGUUUCCCUCCAUCUCUCCAACCUGACUCUGUCCAAGCAAUACCAAGUCCAACAGAUGUGCCUAUCAUAAUGCCAACUGGUUGGAAAAACUGUGUCUAGUCGGUGCAGAGUUUUGGCUAUGGCUAUGUUGACCCUCAUGGCCAUUUGAUUGAAAGCUUGAAACCUGUCUGCAUCUGCCUUUGUCUGCUCAAUGUGGCAUGAUUAAUGGGUGGAUGAUGAACUUAACUGCUUGCAUUCGAAGCAGUUGGGACCUAUUUGAUCAGAGUGAAAAUUAUUUAUCACAGUAGACUUCAUCUAGGUCUUAAUCCUUUGGGGGACCUGAGAGAAGUAAACGUGAGGUCUGCAUUUAAGUCUGUCUUUCUCUUAGAUGAAUUUACUAGAGCAUUUUACAACUACUAUUGGUGAUCAUUUUGUCCUUUUUAUGUCAAUCUCUGUGCUUGUGUGUUACUUAGUGCUCUAGGGUGGGUUUAUAAGCCGUGGUUUAGCAGCUGCUAACGUUGUGGUCACACUCCUGAUGAUUAUUUGUUUGAUUAAUUUUCAUAACCAAACAUAGGAAACUCCAUCUUUUCCACAUCGUCUCUUAGCUGUACAACCGAGAUAUAAUUUUGUCAACUGUAGAUUGCGGUUGUCUACAUGUAACUGAUGGUGGAUAUAAAUACGCAAAAACAGUAGCAAAACUUUUUAACACGGCGUGCAUGGCAUUUUUGUACAAUAUCACUUUCAAAGAGAGAGAACUAGAGGAUUUAUCUGAGCUAAGGUAUUUGAGAUUAUGGAUAAGAUGUUUAAUAUUCAAAUUACAUGUAAUGAUUUAUUGAACAUGGACGAAGACCCAGUGAAAUGCGUCAGCCUUACUGGGCCUUGCUCAGCUUUCACUUGUAGGGCGGACAUUUGCAGAUUACUUUCACUGAUGUUGAUAUUUUUGCUUUUACUUCUUUUUUUUCUCCCCUUUCUUCCUUGAACACUGUCGCAUGGUUUAACUGCCCAGCCAAAUUUGGGGGGCUUGUUUUGAGGUUGUUGUUUGGUUACCAGCUUCCUUUGUUUCAAAUUCAACUAAGGAAGCCGAUCUGGAGCUCUCCCCUUUUUUGCCAAGUUUAUUUCUGUGGAUGCAAGACAAUCACAGACCAAAUCUUAGUGCUGGUUUGUUGACUGAACCCAUUGUUUUGUUUUGAAGGAUGUAAGCUCUCACCAACCUGCCCCUCAUUGGCCCGAGGUGCUAGACUUUGUCCAUCUCACUGCAGAAGCUUCUGUGAAUUGUUUGAUUUACAUCAAUCUAUUUGUCAGAGUCUUGUAACAUGACAGUUCUAGAAUGUUUGUGACUACAUGAUUUCAGUAGGCAAGAGUAAUUGUUUGGCAGUGUCUUAAUGUAAUUGAGAUCAACCACAGGAUACCUUUUGAAUGUCUUGGUAAGGAGAUGUUUCAGUGCUGUUUGGAAACCUGAUGUGUAUUUAAUUUUUUUAUAUAACGUGUUUCUUUGGUGAGCUUGGUUUUCUUGCAUGUUGUACAGCAGAAUAAUGGAAAGACCUCUGGACCUGAGACAUCUCUGAGAAAAAUCAUUGUUUCUGGAGCUAACAGUCUGUAUAAUCUUUUUCUUUUUGUUUGUUUUUUUUCUUGGACAUUACACUAAAUUAGGCCGCGUGUCAUUGACAUGAUUUGUCUGAAUAAUGAAGCACUUGCCGCGCAUUUUCUAAUCAGUUUCAAUAAUUUGUGCUUACUCUGUAUACCUUUGUAUUUUAAAGGAAGCACAUGUAAUAGUUUUUCAUCUUUUGACAAACGGCUAAAUCAGAGUUUGAGAUAUAGAAGACGAAUCGACUUGAUCCACUCCAGACACUAAAGACAUUAAACUUCUUUUUGUUACACUUUUUCUCACACAAACUUUGUCAGCUGUCUCAUUCUUUUUUACCAGCUAGACACUAUCAACUGAUCUGUGCUACAUUACUUUUGUCUCCUGUUUGCCUUCUAUUUCCACACACUUUAUUCAAGCAUAACACUUUUUACAUCUGAGCUGUUUUGCGUUCAUAUUUUCUAAUUGUAUUUUCAGAAAAACAAGGAAAAAAAGCAAAAACAAAACAUCAACCUUUUUUUCCUCAUGACCUGGGUACAGUGCUUGUGUAGUCUAUUGUACCUUUUUGGGAAACAAUACUGUAUAUCUUUGCCUUUGACAGUCUUAACUAUCUUACCCUCUGGAGAACUUGAGAGAUACCCUUAGAACACAAUGAGUAUGUUUAAAAAAAUAUAAACAAAGUAAUAUUUUGCAAAAUGUAUCAUUCCAAUAAAGUUUUACUUGUUAAGACUAAAA